AUGGAUUAUUCUGAUAAGCAUAAAUUAUUAAUGGUAAUCGCUAAUGGUGACAUAACCGGAUCAGAUAAUGAUAAAAUAACUCCAAAGAUAUACGAAAAUUUAAUUGAACUGUUCAAUUAUCUAGUUUUGAGUCUCAGAUAUCACAAGUUUUAUUUAGCCAUAGGAGAAAAACGAAAAGGGCUUAAAGCCAGUAAUCGUGGUAAAUGA